AUGGCAACAGGAGACCUAAAAGGAAGUUUAAGAAAAAUAGAACAAGGACUUCGCUUGUUAAAUUACCCAAGAGAUGUGGAUUAUACAGUGUUAGUAAAGGGUGAUCCAGCUGCAUUUUUACCUAUCAUCAGCUAUUCUUUUACAUCUUUUUCAACUCACAUAGCAGAACUUUUGGUAAAGUGUGAUGUGGAACUCACAGCAAAGAGUGACUUGCGUUUUAUUGAAGCUAUUUAUAAGCUUCUUCGAGAUCAAUUUCAAUAUAAACCAAUUUUAACAAAACAGCAGUUUCUUCAGUUUGGCUUUGCAGAAAGAAAAAUGCAGAUCGUUUGUGACAUUAUCAACUGUGUGGUGAAAAAACAUAAGGAAUUAAGUAACUCGAAUAAGGUUAAAUCCCAAACAAGGAAGAAACUCAGAUCUUUUAAAUAUGAAGUAUGGUCAAAUUGUGAUAAUGUCCUUGCUGAUCCUAGUGGCAGUGCUCUGAAUUCCAAACAGAAGCCUCAAGUAGAACGGCACUCAGGAAAUGAAGUUAGUGAUGACUUUCAUCCACUACCCCUUCCAGCACAGGGAGCUAAUGAAGAAGAAUUGUGCCCAGAUCAUGAUGCUGUGGAAGUUAAAUGUGAACAAGUCGUAGAAGAUAAUUCUCAGAUUGAGUUCCUAAAGAGUCAGCUUGCUGAUUGCCAGGAAAAGCUUCAGAAGCUAGACUGGAUGGAAGAUAAACUACAUGGUUUAGAAGAGAAACUGAAAGGAAAGGUGAUCAUAGAUGAGAAGGACUGGAAUAACUUGUUGAGUCGAGUUUUGCUUCUUGAAACAGAACUGUUGUUGCAAUCCAAAAAGAGAGACUUAGCUACAGAGUUCAGCAAUAUAAGUCAAGAAUGUACUUCUGGUCGGAUUCCAGUUUCUCCUGAUACAGAGAGGAAGGAGGAGAUGCCAGAGAGUCUUCAUCAGUUGUCUGGAUACAGUUCGCUGUUAUCCGCAGACCCAUCUCCCAAAGCCAUGACCAUUAAUUCUCAUGAUCUGACAGACAUUUCAAAGGAGACAACAAGACAAAGA